UUGCUUCAUUAAUGCUGCGCUUUUGAAUCUUAUUCUUAACAUAUAUUAUUUUCAACCUUAGAAAACUAUCAUUUCCAGUAAUAUUUUAUUACUCUAGGAGCGUCAUUGCUGGACCUGAUGUUUUUAGCAGCUGGCUUUCAGGACAUCAACAUCAUGUGUCUGAUUUGAUAAUUGCCACCAUGGGAGGUUGGAAUAAAUAUAGCACAUUAGGAGCUUUAUUACAAAUUGUAAGUUGUGAGCAGAUGCGUCUGUUAGCAUCAUAUGGAGAAGCCCUGUUGGGCAUAACAGCACAGGUCAGGACUAGUCAACCAAUAUAAGCUGCUUUAAAUUGUGCACCUUCCAAACAUAGGUGUGCCGCAUCUUACUUCAUAUUAAUUGCAACACAGACGUGCUAUGAAAGAGCCUUAGCAGCUGUUGGCAUUUUGACUUUUGCCAUCUGGAAGUUUGCAGAGCCCGUGAUCAGCAUUCACUGCCAAGCCCUCGCUUUCCCCACGACUGUUCCCAUGGAAACAGCUGCAGCUGGGAGAGGAGGGAUGGGGAAGGCUUUCUUGUUAGCAUUUGCAUGAGGUCUUUUGUCCUGAUUGAGGGUUCUCAGGACAGCAGGAAAUCUGCAGUGAAUGGAAGGCUGCUGACCUCAUCUGGGGAAGCCCAGCUGACUGGCUGGGCCAGCAGGUGCACUUUUCAACCAACAUUUCUCAGUCUCCUAGAGAAAUAUGGAAAAAUGGAGAAUAACCAUAGUGACAGAAUCACAUAAAGGCUUGGGUUGGAAGGGACCCUAAAGCCAACCCAGUCCCGCUGCCCUUCCAUGGGCAGGGCUGUGCCCCACUAGAUCAGGAUGCACAGGGCCCCAUCCAGCCUGGCCUUGAGCACCUCCAGGGUUGGGGCACCCACUGCUCAUUGGGCAGCAGUGCCAGCAAUAAUGUGAAAACUACAGAGUAAUCCAGCUGAUAUAUCUUAAAUUAAGGAUCACAACACACUUUGGCAUCUGGUCUGUUAGUUUUGGCCAAUGCUUUGGAAUAUCUUUACUUUAUUACUAUUGCUGUUAUUUUUGUUAGAGCAACGCUAAAAAAGAAGAAAAAAGAUGGCAGUAUUCCUAGUGCUACAGAAGCAGUUACAAAAUACACUGGGAUUUUUAGGUUGCUGAUAGCAUCUUCAGAAGAGCAACGUGGGAGAUGGCACAAAACCAUCACCUGUAACCAGUGUGUUCAUGUUUCCAGCUUGUUGAAAUUAUAACUGGCCCACUAAACAAAAGCUGGGUUUUAUUUAAAUCAGGCAAUGACGUUCACAGCUUCAGCCCCUUACCAAACUGCCCAGCAGUGGUGUGAGUGCUGUACAUCUGAACAUAGUUAUCCUAAAUGGCUGCUAUUUCUUGGUUGCUUUGUAAAGGUGUUGUUUUUUCCAGUUAGAUUGUGGAUUGCCAGCAGUAAAAUUGCUACAGCUUCCAUGCUAUCAUUGGUGUGCUAACCUAUGCUGCUUAAAUUGCUGGGAUCGAUGUGGACACCCUUCUUACACCGCUUGAUGUCACGCCCAGAUGUUUCAGUCUCUUUUUGGGAUGUUCUGUGCUUCAGUCCCUGCCUUUUUUCCUGUGCAGAGACUCCUCCCCUUCAGAAAAGACAUAAAGCAAGUGACUCUCCCACCUUGAUCAUAUACCUUCCUCACCUGCACGACUGGCUUCACCUCGCAUCUGCUGAUACAUAAGGUUUGAUUCUUCUCAUUACGCAGCACUGAUUCAGCCCUUGGGCUGUCAUUUCUUGGCACUUGCACUGGUGAUUUUUCAGGCAUGGAGAAGGCAAUUGUUCGUCCAUAUAAAAGGCCGAAUGCUCUCUGUAGGCUGAUUUGCUUUCCGUGGGCUGGAGGUGGAACUUCUCACUUUGCUCAAUGGGGUAAACUCUUCGGCAACUCAAUUGAAGUGUCUGUUGUAAGGCUUCCUGGAAGAGAAAGUCGUGCUAAGGAGCCUUUUGCAAAAGACAUGACAGCUGUCAUUAAUGACAUCACUAACGCUUUGCUGAAAGAUCUGCAAGAAAAACCGUUUGCAUUCUUUGGUCACAGUUUUGGAGCUUACAUUAGCUAUGCAGUUGCAGUACACUUGAAAGAAAAGCAUGGACUAGAGCCGAUCCAUCUUUUUUUAUCAGGGGUGUACGCCCCACAUUCGGAAGCAUUUCUUCUGAUGGGAAAAGUAAACGAAGUAAAAGAUGAAGACAUUCUUGAGCAUGUCAAAUUCUUAGGAGGAACUCCUUCUGAGUUUCUGAACAAUGAGGACAUCAGGAAACACCUGAUACUUACUGUCAGAAAAGACGUUAGCAUUCUUCAGACGUAUUCUUUUGAGAAGGCAGAAAAGAAAACCAUCUUCUCUUGUGAUGUCACCUGCUUUGAUGGGUCUGAAGAAACAGUGCACGAUGCUGAAGCCUGGCUCAGUAUAACCAGAGGAGAUACUUCCAUCUACAGUCUUCCUGGAGCUCACUUUUAUCUGCUGGAACCUGCUAAUGAAAUUUUUUUGAUAAAACACAUAACCAAGUGUAUAGAAAAUGCUGCUCUAUGA